AUGGUUGAAAACAAAGUUGUAUAUAAUAAAGAAAAUAAUUUAAAUUCUCUGGAAAAAUGUUAUCAAAAUUCUUUAGAAAAAAAUAUAUCAGAAUUAGUUAUAAUAUAUGGUACAAAACUAAUAAAAAGAAAUAUAAAAAAGGAUUCAUUUUAUAAAUGGAAUAUAUAUGAGAAUAUUUUAAGAGCAUCUAUUGAAUUGAAUUUAGAUGAAUAUAUAGAUAUAUAUUUUAAUAAAUUAAAUGAAAAAUUUGGUAACUUAAACGGAAAGAAAAUUGAUAUAUUAAAAGGAAUGAUUUAUGAAUCAAAAAAUAAAAAUACAGAAGCAUUAAAUAUUUAUAAGAAGUGUUUAUGCAAAUAUCCCUGUGAUCCCUUAGUAAGAACCAAAAUUAUUAACUUAAAAAAAAUAUUAGAAAAUGAUAUAAAUAAAGUUGUACAAUUAUUAAAUAAUCAUUUAAAAGAAUUUCCAUUAGAUUUAGAAUCAUGGCAUGAAUUAGCAGAAAUUUAUUUGAAAGAUUGUUUAUAUAGUUACUCAUUAUAUUGUUUUGAGGAAAUUUUAUUACAUUUACCAACUAAUUUAUAUUAUAUAUUAACGUGUGCAGAAUUAUAUUAUACAUUAAAUCAAUAUGAAUUAAGUAGUAAGUAUUUUUGCCUGUCUAUUAAAAUACAAAAUAAUAAUUUAAGAGGAUUAUGGGGAAUUAUACUCCUUAAUAUAACAAGAUAUUCAAAUAAAAAGACAAAAUUAUUAAAUGAUAAUGUAGAUAUUAUAUUAACUUUGAAAUGUAUUAAUAGAUUAUUUGAUUUAUAUAGUAAAUUAAAUAUAAACUUAUUAUACAAAAACUCUAUUCUUGAUUACUUAAAUCAGUUGAGAGAUAAUUUUAAGUAA